CGUCUCGGUCGCUCCAGGGGAUCCACCCGGCUUCUAUCCAGCCUCGCCGCAUGGCAAGUUGGAGCAUGGAGACCAGGAACUUGCCAACAUGAGCAACGACGUCCCAUAAACAGCAGAACUGUUUGGCCAGAAGAUGUCGAGCAGUGGGGGAUUGACGGCAGCCCCUCUGCGACCAGACUUGGGCUUUAAUUGGGUCUUCCUGGUUGAGUUACUGGUCUGCGGGGUGUUAACGCUCUUCUUUGUUUUCUACUUCAAUCGGGUUUUUGCGACUCUCGUAUCGUACGGCCUUCGCGCAUGGACGUGGCACAAAUAUCGAGUCUACAUAGACAUCCAAGCCUUACAGAUCUCUCUUUUAGGGGGGCGAAUCUUUUUCAAGGGCUUUAGAUACCAUGGGAAUAACGAGACCAUUCUGAUUCAUAGUGGCUUCGUUACGUGGGCUUACUGGCUCAGAAAUGUCAGAAAGUUGGAUCUUGGACAGACUCAAGAGGGGGGGACGAAGCGUGUACCGUCAAACUCUGAGAAGGAUGGCGAGCAAUGCUCUAACAAGACAGUCAAUAAAGACGAAGAAGGGGGCGCACCAAGUCCUAUCAAACUUCCUUGCCGCCUCAGAGUUUCUGUGAAAGGCGUGGAGUGGUUCGUCUACAAUAGGAGCGCAGCCUACGACGCCAUUGUUGCGAGCAUGACACAACAGGAUAAUGAGUCCAUGGAGAAUAUACCGGAAAUGCGACAAGAGAACGUGGGGUCGGAAAGCACAAUUAGGAGACGAGGAGGUAGACCAGCUGAAUGGGAUAAUGUAGAUGGUUCAUCGAAGGAUUCAUCUUUUGAUCUCAGGAAGGACAAUUCACCCCUGACCGACAAGAGCACGUUAGGUUUGAACACUGCCGAGGAACAACUCCCAAGGUCGUCGACCUCUCAAACGGAAGCAAGCGAGAACGACGAACUGCCUCAGACAAACCAAGCACGCGCCUUGAUUCUCCGAUUUCUUCCGGUUCAUAUCGAGUGCUUCAAAGCUGCAGUCGUUAUGGGAAACGAAAACACCAAAAGCGUGCUCAUUACAAAAGUAGACAAGGCCACUGGAGAGAUCGAUGCUACGAAAUCAACAACCCUGGACCAGUACAAACAGCUCAUCAGUUUCAAAUUUGAGCACCCUGUUAUUCAGAUGAAGCCCAAUGAUGACUACAAGGAAGAUCAAGCAGCAACAGCCGUUCGAAUCAAGCGCAAAACGGCUGAUCAGACUGAGCUCAAAGAUAAAGACCAUCAUAUCCAUAGUCAUUCCUUCCUGUACCGACAACGCCGUAAGUUGUUGCAUAAACUCAAGCACCUCGUGCCUGCUCUCCGUGGUUCCGUGGAAUCUCUCUCGUCCAGCGUCAAUGUAGGGCUAGAUACGCCGGCGCAAAACGGACCAGGCUCGAACAAUUGGCAGGGACUUUCACGAUACCUUGAUGAGAGUGAGCAAGAUGACAAGGCUAGAUGGUCUACCAUUGAGUAUGCGACGGUCUCUACUAUCGUCGAUAGUCCUGAGGCUACAAUGAAUUUUUAUUGGGAUGUCGUAGGCCCCGUUCCUGAUAGAAGAGACCUAUCGGAUGUGAAAUCUGGAGACGAGACUGCAAAUAUCAACGGAGAUUUGCCCCCUGAAUGGGGAAUUGACCUUUCAUUCAAGGGUGCACUUAUCAAUUAUGGCCCUUGGGCUGAUAGGCAGCGUGCUGAUAUACAGCGAGUUUUCUUUCCAAGCCUCUGCAAGGAUGCAGUCCCAAGCAAAAAGCUUAUGCCUGGCCAACUUAGGGUACCUACGGAGUUCAAGUUAUACAUUGAAUUCGUCGAUGAGACCGUUCUUCGCGUUCCCAUCAGGGAAGAGUCAAAGAACUGGAAGUGGACAAAACAUACGGAUGCUUUUGGCGCAAGGCAAGGACAGGAGAAACGAAAUAGAAACAAGAACCGGAAGAGAGAAGCCGACAAGGGCAAUCCGGGACCAGAAAUUCGGCCGUUUGGCUGGCUGGAUAUCAAAGUUGCGUCAAAUGCAACUCUGAGGUAUACCAUGGACAUGGUUGCUGGACCUUCCGGAUUCUCGAACAUGCUGGAGCUUGACUUACCUAGCUUGGAGAUCACUACGAGCGUGAACCAUGGAUUACUCUGGAGGUCUGUCGGCAACCGCAUCUCUUGUGACCUAGCGAAUCCGUUACAGUGGAACGGUUACCAUUCUUGGACUUUUGAUAUAAAGAGCAGUGGACUCGAACUCUUCAUCUUGCGGGAGCAUGUGUUUCUACUAAUAGAUCUUGUUGAUGACUGGGCUAGUGGACCCCCGCCGGAAUACUUGACGUUCACUCCAUUUCGGUACCUAGUGAACCUGCACCUUAUUGACUUUAAGAUAUAUCUUAAUGUCAACGAUUCGAAUAUCAUCAACAACCCAUCAGAUCUUGAUGAUAAUACUUUUAUCAUAAUUUUCGGCUCCGCACUGAACGCCGAUAUCUGCAUACCGCUGGAUAAGUACCGUCCAUAUCGCAAUGACAUAUCAUUCAAUGUUCACAUGAAGCAUGGCGGCUUGGAUCUUCAUGUGCCACCGUGGAAUACCCAAGCAACAUUCUUGAGUUCUACAGAGCUGGCGCAGUUGAAAUCCCUUGCAAUUCAGGGCACAUAUCAGUAUUGCUCCACUACUUCAACUAGUAACACCGACACGCUACUGCUCGAUAUACGUGGCCAUGCACCAACUGCUCAGUUUUAUGGUUUCUUCGUUCGAUACUUCCUUAAAGUCAAGGACAACUAUUUCGGCGAGGAUGUUCAUUUUAAGACGCUCGAAGAAUACCAAGAUGUUCUGCGGGCAAUGCCUGGCCAAGAUGUCGAAAUUUCCCACACUCAACCGCUCAAGACUUCCAACGACCUGGAUGUUAUAUUGAGUGUGAGUGCCGAUGAAUCUAGUGUCAUUCUUCCCACCAAUCUCUACUCUGCCAAGAAUCACAUAUCCAUUGACAUCGGGACCCUUGCUGCCGACCUAAGGUUCACAAACUACUAUAUGGACAUUGAAGUUGUGUUGAGCACGUUGGCCUUCGCCCAGGGCAACGAAGAUGAUGGUACGGCAACUCCAAACAGUGCCACUUCUAGCACGCAGUUAUUUGUAGAUGGAAUAAAUGUGACAGGGAACCGCCUUUUUGGGUUGCCUCCUACAGAACCAACUUAUGUUUGCAAUUGGGAUUUCGCAGUUGGCGCGAUAACUGGCGAGUGCACCACGGAUUUCUUUAGUCGAUUAGCUCGUGGCGCCAGAGCCUUUCUUUUUUCCUUUGACGACGACGAGAACGCCUUACCUUUGAUUUCGGAAGCGGUUCUGCACGAUAUAACGUUCCUUCGGGCAUGGGUAGACUCUAUCCGAAUAUGGCUACAUGUGGAGGAUGCGGCGUUCCUUUUAUCCACGGGCAAAAUAUCAAUGAAUUUCAACGACUGGGCUGGUUCGCAUUAUUCGAAGAAACUCCGUCUCCAAAUUCCGGAUCUACACCUGAGUUGUGUCGAUGCAGAAUCAGCAUCGAGGCACAGGUCCCGAGCCCAACACCCGGUCGAAACUCAUGCUGCCAUUGAAACAACAUUGUCACUUGUCAUGAUUCAGAAAAACCUCAAGUUUGCGGAAAACCGACAACUUCAGCAAGAGCAUGUGAAACGACAUGAUCAACGUACACACAGAGCCGAUUUCUUGCUACACCAGGAACUGCUUGAUGACUCAAUGUUGAUUCCCGUCGACCCACCGGCUAUGUGUGUUCCGCCAUUGCCUCCUCCUGUGUUCCACGAUGGUAGUGUCGACAGUGCAUCUAUGGCUUCCAAGAAAUCUUCCGUGCGUCGUGGGCACCAGUCUGUAACUCGCAAAAGCUCCUUUUUAUCAAUCUCAAGCUCAAGUCAGAGGAGCGACAGGAGCGUUCUACGUCCCCAGAGCUCGCUCUUUGCCAGAGAACCAUUGCUUGGCGAUUCUCGCUCGCGCAGUUUGGUAACUGGUACUGGAUCCGGACCUCCAAUACGUCUGAGAGACGCUUCUACCUCAACGGGUCGUCAGUCAUCGUUCUAUAGCGCUGUUGGCGACCACAGAAGUCUACAACCCACGAAUAUUAUAUUUUCAAGCCCAUUCCUCCCGCCUUAUUUCCCUCUAGAAUCCGUUGAGCCGGAUACCAAAGAUCUUCCGCCCGUCUCUUUGGACCAAGAAGACGCAGCUAGUGUCCGAGCCAGCCAGCUGGAGUUGGAAGAUGUCAAUCCAGACAAUGUGGGCGAGGAUACUACGCAAACUAGUUUUAUUGUUGAGUUGUCUUCGGGCAUCAGGGGGGUUUGCAAUCCAAAAGCCGUCCACGCAGUUGCGGGACUCCUGACCGCCAUGCAAGCCGUGGAUCCAGUCGAUAUCCUGGAUGAACUUCAAAUUGACUCCAUGAAUGAACUCUUCGAUUUGAACAAACAUAAAAUAAGGAGCGGCAAGAUACUAGACUUCAGUCUGCGGACACCUGGGAUCAGCCUGCGCUUCUUGAAUUCGACUGCCUCCGAGUCCUCCAGAAACCCUCGCGACGAGACGCAUGACCAAUAUGACCUAUCAAUGUCAGGGCUUGCUGUCACUUAUAGAUCCAAGAUUUUAGCAAUGGAUGAAGGAGCCCCAGAAGAUGCACGGGACUCGUCUGUUCUACACUUUUCACUGGUAUCAGCAGGACUUGCUGCCAAGGAACGGUUUAGUAACCUGACUGACCCUCAGGCUGCGGUAAACGGUGUUGUCGAGGAUGUCAUCUUUUGGACAGCUUCGGGCGAGGAUACUUCAAUGAGUGUAGUCUUCAGGCUCGUUGAACUUAUGACUUCAAGUGGUAAAGUUGAAUACCUAGCCUCGCUCGUGCAUCGGACAAAUAUGCUCAUCAAUAAUCUGAGAGAGACAUUCAUUUCACGUAUCAACCAGCAAAAGUCUCGCGUCAGGCUCUUCGCAUACCUUGUGGCAACAGCUGGACAAGAGGCAACCGACCCCCUCUUCUUGACAAGGCCAUCAUAUGUGCUCCGCUCGGCUCCUGACCAUUUACGAACUAGCGAUUCAUGGAAGAUCGUUACGCGUCUGCAUCAUAUGUACACUAGCCUGGAUCCUGCAACUCAACAAGACAUAGCAAUGCGUUGUCUGCGGAACUCGGAGCCUAUUCCCGAAAACUCUCAGCAGCGUGUCCUUGCAGUCUUUGAACAAUGGAGGAACUGGGAUUUGAAUAACAUCAACUCUUGUCUUGUGAUAUCGAAGAUAUAUAAGUCGGCAGAUCAACCCGAAGUAGGGAUUCCUCAAAAAUCCCGGCCUAUGAAACUAUCGUUCAGAACAGAGCUAGUCCGACUCAUAUUGGACCCCGGCCCGAAGCAGAAUGAGGUGUCACUCUCUGCAGUCACGACCAUGUUCGAAAAUAAGGAGAUCAGCCAACGAGGCGACGAGCUUUCUCCGACGAAAUUGCCACCUAUACAGAACACAGUUGUGCAGGUUUUCUGCGCCGACAUUUCCAUGAACCUGAACUGGGAGUUAUGCGAGCUGGCAGAUGACAUUUUGAAGCUUUAUCAUGAAAGCGAACCGCCCCAAGAGUCUUCUGUCAGCGACUCUCUUGCUUCUACUCAUGAUACCGCUUCCAACACGAAGCGCAAUCUACACGUUGUCGUCGCAACUAAGAGAGGCUCCAUCUCCAUAGAGACUAUCAAUAUCAAAGCCGUGUCUAUCAGCAAGGGCCUGACGGCUUCCUUUGUAAUGAGCAACGAGGUAGAAGGAAGCACUGAACUUAUCGGAAAUCUAAUGAUUGCUGCUGAGGCGGCCACAUCCAGAGUUUGGAGUCAUUCGCAAGAACUGGCAACUUCCCAAUUGCGCCAUCCAAGCGUUUACGGUUCCUAUGAGGAACAGAUCUCUGGUGACAAACCCAACAACGUCGUCAAACUUGCAGGAAACUGCCAAGAAUUGACAUACAUUGUUCGACAAGAUAUUCUGGCUUUGAUCGAGGUCCUGGAUCUUAUUGUCGGAGAUGAAGUUGCUCAAAUCUAUCUCUUAAAGGAGAGCAAGCCUGCAGCGACCUCUCCUAUAACGCGGCAGCCGUCUGGUUCUGCUCGUCCGCCGCUCCCGAUAAGCAGAGUCAAUAUUACCCUCUUCUUGGACAAGUAUGAUAUCAGUAUACCGCUUCUGCAAUCUUUAACUUACCACGUGUCGGGUGUCGUGGCGAGAACUUCCGUCGCAGCGCAACUGGAAUCAGAAGUGAUUUUUGAUUUCGACAUCAAAGAACAUUUCCACGACAUACAAACCCUUGUCACCAAUAAGACUGAGAGCAUAUCACUCCUACAGAUGCCUCCCAUAAAUGGUCGUAUCACUACUCGUAUGUCAGAGGAAGAGAAUCUCCUUUCUGUUUACGCUUCUGUGGAGCCAAUUGAGCUCGACGCUGCCGCCAUUCACAGCAUCAUGACAGCACUCAAUAGGCCCGAGAUCUCGAGUGUUCUGGCCGACAUAAAGGAAGACGCCAAAGCGGUCCAGGCUCACAUAGAGGAAAUAUUCGGUCGGCAUCAGAAGCGAGCGGUCAAGAAGUCUCCACGUGAAAGCAAACCAUUAAUAUACGAUGCCCAUCUAACACUGGCUGGCUUUGAUGUCUUCGCGAAUGCCCAGGGAACGAGUGGUGGCCACAAUGCGGCGAGACUGGAUUUCCAUCUUGGAUGCGUACAGGUGAUCCUCUCUAAUCGACUGGAGCGAGAAGGCCCAGCUCUCGUAUUCCCAGAACUCCGAAUAGGACUACGCCGCAUCAUGAUUGAGAUGUCCCGUUGGAACAAUAAUGCCAUGGAACCUUGCGGCAACCUUGCUUUCGUGGCUUUCCUAAAUGCAACAUCUAAAAAGAAUGAUUUAGGAGAAGAAGUCAGGUCAUACCACCUACGGAGUGAUGCUUUGGAGAUAAAUUUGCUUGCGGAAACAGCAUCAUCGGUUGUGGACAUAAUGGGUCACUUGCAGGACAAGAUCAAAGACCUAGACUUGACCCGAGAGAGGAAGUACUUCCGUAAACUGCGCAAGCCGAAGCCACGUAUCUCAAUCAACGAGGAACAACAGCCAGACACUGUGGAGGGCGUCCAGAGCUCAGCCGCGAUGUUCGCUUCCAUGUACUCCCUUGAGUUGUUGAACAUCCAGGUCAGCUGGCUAGUUGGAAAACAAAAGACACAAGAAACCGACCAUUCUCCAGUGCAAGAGAUGGAGAAUCUGGUCCUUUCGCUGAAACGCAUCGAUCUGUCAACAAAAAAAGAAAACUCUGCUAGAUUGACCAUAGAGGAUCUCCAGCUGCAAAUGGUUCCAGAAUCUCAUGAUAAGAGCCAAAGAUCCCUCAAUUCAGCCCUGUUACCAGAGGUCAUUUUCAACGUUGGCUACGUCUCGACAGGAGACGCUCGUCGAUUAGCAUUCCAGGCGGCUGGGAAAUCUCUUGACCUUCGCCUGACGUCUCAGUUCAUCAUACCUGCUUCACAACUGCACAAGUCGAUUAGCUCUGCUGCUGAUAAAGUUGGCGCUGCAUCGGCGUCAUGGACCACUACAACCUCGAAUACUCCCGUAGAGAGCUCUGGCUCCAGGCGACAGCCAUUCUUCGGGACGAAGCGCAUGGAAUCCCUACUCGUCGAUGCAGACUUUGCUGGUGCCGUUGUGUAUCUCUCAGGCAAGAAAACCUCGGAUAUACCUCGAGUGAAAGGUAGCAGGAUACCACAGACUGGGAGAUAUGGGCAAUUCACGCACUCCGAUGCCAGUAGCAACACGGUAUUACGUACUCCAGGACUUGCGUGGAAAGUCGAAUACAAAGACAGUGGUCUCGACGAACCAUCACUGAACGCCGAAGUGAAAGUGGAUGCAUCGUCUAACAUUCUGUAUCCUGCGGUGGUUCCACUUAUCCUGGAGAUCACAUCAACCGUAAAGGAGGUCGUCAGCGACAAUGAUAAAAUGAAGAAACCUCCUCUGCAAAGAAAAGUUUCGCCGCAGAAGUCUAAGAACGGGGAUGAGGAAAACAUUCUGACCGCGGAUCCUAGUGCCGUCCUUGGCCGGACAAAACUCAAUCUCGGAGUUCGUAUAUGCAGGCAAGAGUUCAGUCUUAGCUGUCAGCCUAUCGCCCGCGUCGCUGCAACAGCUCGAUUUGAUGACAUAUACCUCACAGCCAACACUGUCAGAUCAAUCGAGAAUGGCCAUUUCUUUGCCGUCUCAGCUGCGAUUACGCGCCUACGGGCAUCUGUGCAGCAUGUUUACUCCAGAGAAUCAACCGGCAGCUUUGACGUGGAUACUGUGUUCUUGUCUUUGAUGAACAGCAAGCAUGUCAGUGGCACGAGUGGCUUGUCUGCAAUUCUAAAGAUCAGCCCUAUGAAGGUUUUAGUGAACGCCAAGCAACUUCAAGACUUUCUGCUCUUUAGGGAGAUCUGGGUUCCUAUUGAAAUACGUCAAAGUGCUUCAACACCAUCGCCGACGACGUCAACAAUGCAGUCUCAAACUUUUCUUGUCCAAAGAUAUCAGCAAGUGGCGGCUACUGGUGCUUUCCCCUGGAAUGCAACUGUAUCAAUAGCGGAAUUGGAGGUACAGUUAGAUUUCGGUCAAGCCAUUGGAAAAUCCGCAUUCAUGAUCUCCAAGUUCUGGAUUUCAUCUAAGAAGAAUUCAGACUGGGAGCAGAAUCUAUGCAUGGGGUUUGAUAAGAUUGGCGUUGACAGUACUGGAAGAAUGAGUGGAUUUGUUGCUCUACAGGACUUCAGGAUACGUACCUCGAUCCAGUGGCCUGCACGCGAAAUGGCUCUAAAUCAAACACCUCUUGUCCAGGGGUCAGUGGGAUUCAGUCAACUGCGGGUCAAGGCAGCAUUUGACUAUCAAGCUUUCCUCGUUGCUGAUAUCACUUCCUUCGAGUUCCUGAUGUAUAAUGUGCGGAACGGCCCUCAUGCCAGAGGCGACCGUUUGGUCGCUAUUCUGGACGGUGAAGCUGUACAGGUUUUCUGCACUACCACAACGGCAUCCCAAGCAAUUGCGUUAUAUCAGGCCUUCCUGCGUCUCGCUCAGGAAAAGAAGGCGAGUUACGAAGCAUCACUGACAGAGAUUGAGAAAUUCAUGAAGCGUAAAUCUACGCUCUCACAUCCCGUACCAUCGCCUUCUCCCCCAAAGAGCCAAGUGUCGACCACCGAAGAGGAGAAAACGCCCAAGUCUCCGAUAUCACUCCACAGCGACGUGAUUGUGACAUUGAAAGCCGUCAACAUGGGGGCCUUCCCUAAUACCUUUUCUGAUCAUCAGGUCUUCAAGAUCGAGGCGCUCGAUGCACAGGCACGCUUUGCUGUGACGAUGGACGCUGGCAAACUCCACAGCAUUUUAGGUCUCACUCUGGGGCAACUACGUAUCGGGCUCGCCGGCGUCAAAAGAGUAGAAAUUCCCAAGUCUGUCGGCGACAUAUCAGUCGAGGAUGUUGUCAGCAGUGCGACGGGUUCCCGUGGCGGAACGAUUUUGAAGGUCCCCAAGGUCGAAGCUUCGAUGCAGACCUGGCAUGUUCCGAGUUCUAACCACAUUGAUUACAUUUUCAAGAGCUCUUUCGAAGGCAAGGUUGAGGUUGGAUGGAAUUAUUCUCGAAUAAGUUAUAUCCGCAGUAUGUGGGCUUCUCACUCGAAAGCACUUGCGCAGAGACUUGGGAAGCCUCUCCCUCCAUCUGCAGUAAAAAUUACAGGUGUGCCGGAUGAGGAGGCUGUGGAGAGGAAGGAGGGGGAGCAACAGAAGAUAACGGCCGAGGUUAACGUGCCUCAGUCCAAGUACGAUUACACGGCUCUCGAGCCUCCUAUUAUUGAAACACCGCAGUUGAGGGACAUGGGCGAAGCUACGCCACCACUCGAAUGGAUAGGAUUAAACCGCGACAAGCUCCCGAACCUGACGCAUCAAAUUGUGAUCGUGACGUUGCUAGAGCUGGCAAGCGAGGUGGAGGACGCCUAUUCGAAGAUCCUAGGUUCUUCGUGAUGUGAGUUUCUUUGUUCUUGGUGAAUAUGGGAUGGCGUGUUUAUUCGGCGUAUUUUUUUGGCGUCAGCAUCAGCAUCAGCAUCAGCACCGGCAUCAGCAUAGCGAAGGAGUUGAAAAGGAGUUGAGAGACAUGGCUAAAAGGAACCAAGGCUUGGGGCGGUAACGGUAAAAGAUGUAUUUUUAUUGUAAAUUCUAUAGAUGACCGGAUUAAUAAUGACUCGUCAUGGCUCG